GAAAGGAAAUUCUAUUAAAAAUAAGAAAAAAACUUCAUAGAGUUUUAUUGGAUAUAAAAAAAAUUUAAAUAUGAAUCAUUUAUCACCACCACCUUCACCUCAGUCCAAACCUACGCCUUUAAAUAAUUUCAAUAAUCCAGCACUGGAUAUGAAUUUAGCUAAUUCCAAAAAUUGGAUACAAAGAGCCUCGGCUUUUAAUAACGUCAUGGCCAAUGCAGCCGCUCAAAAACUUAAUACCAGAGAUUUACCACCUUUUCUCUACAAUCCCCUACUCUACUCAAGCGCCCUAUUAUGGCCACAAUUCUUACUCUCCUCCGCCUCUGCCUUGGGUUCUCCACACACUCCCAUUACACCCAAAUCACCUCUAACCAUUGCCAACAAUCGAGAUUAUGCCUUAACACCCGAAAAAGAAGAUAUAUCUGCUUCAUCCCAGGAAGAGUGUUUAAACGAAGACAUGCCCUUGAAUUUAUCCGUCAAACGUUCACCCCCAACCGAAGAAAACUCCACGGAAGCUGGUACUCCGCCCCCACUAAGAGCUGUGAAUUUAAAAUCCUCCCCUCGCACUCCCGAAGAUGAGGAAGAAGAAUACGAGCCCUCAGCCAAAAGAAGAUCACAGGGCUCUCACAUCUGGUCGCCCGCCAGUAUGUGUGAAAAGUCUCUCAGAUAUCAACACAAUUCGGAGGAGGAACAUGACAUGGAUCCCAUAGUGCGUAAAUUUAAAUAUGAACGCCGCAAUUCCUAUUCACGCCAACAGCAGCAGCAACAACAACUGCAAGAUUCGAAUAUGCUAACGCCUUUAUCCUCCAUUUCGGGACCCGCCACUUUUCCACGCACCUCCCACAAAUCCAAUCCAGAGAUUGAGCUGGCCCAACAACAAAUCUAUGCCCAUCGCAAUGCCUUUAUGGCCGGUUUGGCGGGCAAUAAUUUGGAAUUGUUGACCCAGCACUUGAAGGCCCAGACACAAAGGGAAUUGGAAUUGUUAAGGCAACAGCGUGUAGAUUUGUUUGUACAACAGUCCAGUGAUAAUGAUAGUAAUGGUGGGGAUUUAACAUUGAAUGAAGAUUUUCCAGAAUCUAAAUAUCAUCAUCAGCAGCAGCAACAAUUUAUUUCCCAGCAUCAGCACCAACAACAGCAUCCGGAUUCAACGGCCUUAAUUGGUAGUUUAACAGAUGUGCGCAUGUCUUCUAGCUCGUAUCAGGAUAGUGAUGGAGGCGGCAGUGGUGGUGCGAUUUCUCAUAAUGGUGAAAAAAGGACGGCUAGAAAUUUCCAGUGCAAACAAUGUGGCAAAUCUUUUAAACGCUCCUCUACCUUAUCCACCCAUUUGCUGAUACACAGCGAUACCCGGCCCUAUCCCUGCCAGUAUUGUGGCAAACGUUUUCAUCAGAAAUCGGAUAUGAAAAAACAUACUUAUAUACAUACCGGCGAGAAACCCCACAAAUGUACCGUGUGCCUUAAAGCUUUCAGCCAAAGCUCUAAUUUGAUAACCCACAUGCGCAAGCAUACCGGCUACAAGCCCUUCGGUUGUGGUCUCUGUGAUCAAGCCUUCCAACGUAAAGUUGAUCUAAGAAGACAUCGUGAAAGUCGUCAUGAAGAUCAUUCACUAACCAACAGCUCUACUAAUAAUACCAAUAACCCUUUAGUUAAAAUGGAAGUUAGCAGUAGUUGCUGAAAUCCACUUAAAAACUAAUUAAAAACAAUCCCUGUAAAAAUUUUAAAAACUAAGUAUUUUUAUACAAAACAACAAAAAAAAAAACCCACAUAAUCUGUUAUAAAAACAAAAGAAAAUUGUUAAGAAAAGCUAAGUCUUGUUUAAAGCCAAAGUUUUUGAGCCCAUUUUAUAAAUUUAUAACAGAAAUUUUUAAUUUUAAGUUGUAGGAAAACAAAAAAACAAAGCAAACAAACUAGAAAUCCAAAACCUUAACUAAUAAAUGGAAGUCAAUUUAUAUUAAAUUUUAUAUGAAAACAAUAAAUAUAAAAUUCUUAAAACUAAACUUAAAAUUAGCAUAAGUUAAAGCAAAACAAAC